AGUAAACGUUCCUGAAUGGACAAUGAUGACUACCAAUUCAUCGCCACUGCUACCACACUAUAUAUUGUGCACAAUAACCUUUCAGUUCCUUCACUUUUCACCCAUCUUUUGUUGAGAAUUGUAUUCAGCAACAUGGGGGUAUGGGAACAUGCAACCGCAUCAGCAACAAUGCUGUUACUUCUGCUGUGCUUGAAUGAGAUUGCACAUGUAAACUCGCAGAGGGUACCUGCUUUGUUUGUUUUUGGAGAUUCAUUGGUUGAAGUUGGCAACAAUAAUUUCCUAAACACCAUGGCAAAAGCAAAUUUCUUCCCCUACGGCAUCGACUUCCCCCGGGCUGCUACUGGCCGAUUUUCUAAUGGCAGAUCGCUCAUUGAUUUCUUUGGAGAAAUGCUGGGAGUUUCUUCUCCUCCACCUUUUGCAGACCCCUCCACAACUGGAUCCAGAAUCCUCAAUGGUGUCAAUUAUGCAUCAGCUGCUUCCGGUAUUCUUGACGAGUCAGGCAGAAACUAUGGUGAUCGGUUUCCCAUGAACCGGCAAAUCCAGAACUUUGAGAGCACUUUGAAUCAGUACAGGACAAUGAUGAAUCCUGCUGCAUUGAGUCAGUUCUUAGCCAAGUCUAUAGCAGUUGUGGUAACCGGAAACAAUGACUACAUCAAUAAUUACCUCAGGUCUGGGAUAUAUAGCCCCGGUUUCAAUUACAGUGCCCAGCAGUUCGGCAAUCUUCUUGUUAACAAUUUGGGGAGACAAAUUCUGGCACUGCAUAGUCUGGGGUUGAGAAAGUUCUUCCUAGCAGGAGUUGGGCCACUGGGUUGCAUCCCAAAUAUUCGAGCGACGGGUUUGGCCCCACCAGGGAGAUGCGUGGACCAGGUUAAUCAGAUAGUUGGAUUCUUCAACGUAGGGCUUAGAUCAAUGGUGGAGCAACUGAACAGAGAUCACCCUGAUUCCAUCUUUGUAUACGGCAACACUUACCAUGUCUUGGGCGAUAUCCUGAACAACCCUGCGAGAUACCAGUUUGAUAUUGUGGACAGAGCUUGCUGUGGAGUGGGAAGGGACAGAGGUCAGAUAUCAUGUCUGCCAUUGAUAUAUCCUUGUGUGAACAGAAGACAGACUGUGUUUUGGGAUGCCUUUCACCCAUCAGAAUCCGCCAUUUAUGUGUUUGCUUGGAGAGCUGUUAAUGGACCGCAAGAUGAUUGUUAUCCUGUUAAUAUCAAACAAAUGGCUCUCAUUUGAUUCCCUCUUCAUGUAUCAUCCUUGCAUUUAUACAAAUAAAAUAUAAAUCAAAUGUACCAAAACUCAAUUCAAAAGAGUUCAAUAUCAUUAUGCGAGGAGGAAUUUGGUUUCA